CGCGGGGAUUGGCUGGCAGAAAGGCAGAGGCGGGGCCAGGGGAGAAAGCUUUGUGGUUUGGUCUCGGGAAAGUAGCAGGGGCCGCUUGAGAGAACUGCGGCCCUGUCGGAAGGUAAGCUCCGGUGCAAACGACCAUCGGCGACAGGCGAGCGAUACGCUUGGCGUCCGGGCCUCCCUGGGCCCGUCUGAGGAAACUGGCUGUUCGAGGCCAGGCUGCCUAGGACCUGUCCGUUUUUUCUAUACUGGCUCCCACAUCCGGGUUUUUUCUCCAGGACUGCCCUUCGGAUGCUUGGGCCAAUGGGAAUCGCCAUUUAGGGCGCUCCGCCCACCGGGUCGCGUAGAGCAUCCUGGAAGUCGUAGUAAAUCUCUCGAGAGUUCUCUCCGCACGCGGGCUGGAGAAGCGGGUACUACGCACGCUUUGUUGCCGCGCUUUGCCUCCGUCCUUCCCCCUACUCCCGCCUUACCUGACUUCCUUUUUGGGAGGAAGAUCCUUGAGCAGCCGACGUUGGGACAAAGGAUUUGGAGAAACCCAGGGCUAAAGUCACGUUUUUCCUCCUUUAAGACUUACCUCAACACUUCACUCCAUGGCAGUUCCUGAGACCCGCCCUAACCACACUAUUUAUAUCAACAACCUCAAUGAGAAGAUCAAGAAGGAUGAGCUAAAAAAGUCCCUCUACGCCAUCUUCUCCCAGUUUGGCCAGAUCCUGGAUAUCCUGGUAUCACGGAGCCUGAAGAUGAGGGGCCAGGCCUUUGUCAUCUUCAAGGAGGUCAGCAGCGCCACCAACGCCCUGCGCUCCAUGCAGGGUUUCCCCUUCUAUGACAAGCCUAUGCGUAUCCAGUAUGCCAAGACCGACUCAGAUAUCAUUGCCAAGAUGAAAGGCACCUUCGUGGAGCGGGACCGCAAGCGGGAGAAGAGGAAGCCCAAGAGCCAGGAGACCCCGGCCACCAAGAAGGCUGUGCAAGGCGGGGGAGCCGCCCCCGUGGUGGGGGCCGUCCAGGGGCCCGUCCCGGGCAUGCCGCCGAUGACUCAGGCGCCCCGCAUUAUGCACCACAUGCCGGGCCAGCCGCCCUACAUGCCGCCCCCUGGCAUGAUCCCCCCGCCAGGCCUUGCACCUGGCCAGAUCCCACCAGGGGCCAUGCCCCCACAGCAGCUUAUGCCAGGACAGAUGCCCCCUGCCCAGCCUCUUUCUGAGAAUCCACCGAAUCACAUCUUGUUCCUCACCAACCUGCCAGAGGAGACCAACGAGCUCAUGCUGUCCAUGCUUUUCAAUCAGUUCCCUGGCUUCAAGGAGGUCCGUCUGGUCCCCGGGCGGCAUGAUAUCGCCUUCGUGGAGUUUGACAAUGAGGUACAGGCAGGGGCAGCUCGCGAUGCCUUGCAGGGCUUUAAGAUCACGCAGAACAACGCCAUGAAGAUCUCCUUUGCCAAGAAGUAGCACCUUUUUCCCCCAUGCCUGCCCCUUCCCCCGUUCUGGGGCCACCCCUUUCCCCCUUGGCUCAGCCCCCUGAAGGUAAGUCCCCCCUUGGGGGCCUUCUUGGAGCCGUGUGUGAGUGAGUGGUCGCCACACAGCAUUGUACCCAGAGUCUGUCCCCAGACAUUGCACCUGGCGCUGUUAGGCCGGAAUUAAAGUGGUUUUUUGAGGUUUGGUUUUUCACAA